AUGUCAUCAACCCCAAUCUGGGAAAAAUGUAAAUAUAUUUAUAAUUUACCUUAUAACGCACGUGUAGAAUUGUGCAAUAUAUUGAAUCAAAAUGACAAAUGGGAAGAACUUGCUGGUAAAUGGAUGCAAUAUGAUCUGCUCGCAAUUCAAAAUCUCCGGAGAGAAAAAAAUCCUGCUGAUGAAUUAUUAAGUUUAUGGAGUAUUCAUAAUCAUACCAAUUUAGAGUUGUUCAUUUUGCUUCAAAGAAUGCAACAUUAUCGUGCGAUGGGUGUAUUAAAGCCAUUUAUUGAAAAUAAAUAUCACUGUUUAUUGGAGAAAGGAGAAGGAAAUUUACAAUUUGCGAUAAAAAAUGAAAAAUAUACUCAACCGGUAAAUGAAUUGAAAAUUGACACACAAAAUUUUGAUAGAAGAAUGUAUCAUUCUCCAACUCCUCCAAAAAUUGUUCUGAAAAAUUAUAAUAAUAAAAUAAUUAACCAAAUCGGACGGAUAAAUUUAUUAGAAACAGCUCCAAGUGAUUCAAACAAUCUUUUGGCUGGUUCGUCGUCAGUCCCUUCUCGAAUUUCUCCAAUUUUAGGUUGCAUUGGGACUUCCCAAAAGUUAAAUGGAUUGUCACUUAAAACAGAAAUAUCAUUGCCUCAAAUACCAUAUGAAGAACUUACUCGUGCAACUGAUAAUUGGAAUCAACAUAAAAUUCUAGGAAAAGGUGGUUUUGGAACAGUAUAUCGAGGAAUAUGGAAGAAUACAGAUGUGGCUAUAAAAAAAAUAGAACGCAGAGGUCCCGAAUCUGACGAUAGCUAUAUAAUUCAACUCCAACAAUCACUCAGAGAAAUAGCAAUUCUAAAUUCUCGACCUCAUGACAAUAUUUUAUCGAUCUAUGCAUUUAGUAUUGGUGGCCAAGCACCGUGUCUUGUUUAUCAAUUUAUGAAAAAUGGUUCACUUGAAGAUUGGAUAUCGUUAAGACGAAGAUCACCUCCUUUGACUUGGCUACAACGGCAUGAAAUAAUAAAAGGUAUUGCUCGAGGAUUACAAUAUUUACAUACAAUCGGCGAACGACCGCUUAUUCAUGGUGACAUAAAAAGUGCUAAUAUUUUAUUGGAUAAAAGUUUUGAACCACGAAUUGGUGAUUUUGGCUUAGCACGAGAAGGACCAAUCAAAGAUUUCAUGAAGGUCAGUAAAGUACAUGGAACAAAACCAUAUUUACCUGAAGAAUUUUUGAGAGGAAAAAUUUUGUCAACAAAAGUCGAUACUUACAGUUAUGGAAUUGUUUGCUUCGAAUUAGCAACAGGCCUACCUGCCUACGAUCAUGCGAGAAUUGAGCAUAAAUUUCUUAAAGAUUUUAUUGAUAGCUGGAGUGAUAAAGAUAUUUUUUUCUUGAAAGAUAAAAAAGCUGGUGAUGAAAGUGAAAAAGUUUUUGAUAAUUUAAUUUUACUUGGUAAGUGGUGUUCUAAUAGAUUAGCUAAAGAUAGACCUGAAAUGGAGCUUGUUUUUAAAAAAUUAAAUAGUAUAUAACUUUUAAUAAAUAAUCACUUUUUAAUUAAUUUAUUAACGGCUAAUUUUAUUACAAUUUAGAUUUUGUUAAUCAAAUAAAAGAAAUAAAAAAAAAUUAUCUAAAUCGUAAAAAACAUCCGCCGCUUUUUGACGUGUAUGAAACUUACAAAAAUUUGAAUUUUAGAUUUUAUAUUAUUAAUGAAUUUAUUUCUGUUGUUAUAAAAUUAAAUCUUUUGAAAUUAAACAAUUUAUAUAAUCAAAAAUAUUAAUUUCGCUUGUUUGGUGACAAUAAUAAAAAUUUUCUUUAGAGUAACUCAACGUCUAAAAUACAUUUACAAUUGAAUUUUCCUGGAGCGCGUUAAUUAACGUAUGUUCUCCCUUUUUAUUUAUUUAUAAUAUAAUUAUGCAUAGGCGAAUAGGCGAAUUUGAAUUUUCGAUCACUUAAAAAGUUUUUUUUUUGACAAAUAUGGUGGAAAAAUUUAUUAUAAUUAAAGUUUACAUAUACUAAGUAGGAUCAUUGAAUAGCGUGAAUUAUCAAAAUGCAAUAAAUAUAUUCGUUACAGAAUAAAAAGUUAUUUUUCUGUGAUAUUAAACAAAAAUAUUUUUAUGUAAAUAAUAAUA